AUGGCCACGCUUUUCUUCUUGCGACACGGCACCCGUGCAGACCACGCGCCGGCGUCGGACCCGCCGCUUGUCGAAAACGUGCCCGACUACGAUCCGCUGGUUGCCCGCAGCGCCCAGGACCAGAUGAAAGGCGCCGCCCAACAGAUCGCCGGCCAUCUUUCCGAGUCUCCACAGGUGUUUAUCCACUUCAGCCCGUACCUCCGGUGCUGCCAGUCGGCGGAUCUUUUGGCGCUGGCGCUUUUGGGAGCGGCGCCGGCCGCCAAGAUCCAGCUUCUCUGCGACUUUGGCCUCUCGGAAUGGCUUCACGACAAGAUGAAGCACCCGCCGCCGUUUGCGGACUCGACCGAGGCAUACAAGAUGUACGUGCCCAACGUGCGGCGUCUCCAGAACAAGCGCAUGUGUCUGAACUUCCGGCCCACGACCCAGUUGGGACCCUGGAACGAGGCAGGUUUGCUGUAUUCCGAGUACCGGGAACGGUGCCAGCGGUACUUUGAGCGCUUGAUAGCCACAUACGACGCCCAGCCGAACGCUACCAUUGUGGUGGUGGGCCAUGGUUACGGCGUGACCAACUUUUUGGCAUUUUUCCUCCUGCGGCCCGUUUUCGCCGAGUUCCCUGAAGGCGGGAUGUGCUGGGCCGCACGAGAAGACGGCGAGUGGCGCUUGAAAGGCGACUGCUUGGGUCUUUUGUCGCCGGACGAGGACGCUGCGCUCAACUUGCAUCUGGACAUCGUCUACUACAAGACAAACUUUGUCAAGAAAGAAGAGGCCGAUGAAGAACGCCAGUUCCCGGCCAUUGGCUUUGGCGGGCUCCGGCGCCUGUUUCGUGUUCUGCCGGCGCCUGAAAACGCCCCGAAAAGACCGGGCAUCAACCCGCUUUGUCCGUCAGCUCUGUCUUGGACUCCGCAGCAGGCCAAUACUUUCCGCAUCAAGAGUGAGUUCCGCCUCAAGGCCAUGCAUGACGACGUUUUCAAACAAGCAUUUGACAUCACAAACCCGCCCAGCCACCCGGUGACGCCUGAAGUUUCGCCGCUGCUGGCUCCUGCCCGUACAAACUCCACUAUUGACUUGGCCAAACUUAACUCGAACGAGGAGAUUUUCCGUCCGCUCCGCUUGCGCUACCUGCUGGCGCUGGACAUCCCAGUGCACUACUUGAACUACAAGGCCAACCUGAGUGGAUCUGUCAAUUCCAUCAGCUCUGUGUUGAAUUCCCGAACCAAUUCUGCUUUCAACUCGCAUGUCAGUUCUCACGUGAAUUUGACCGAAACAGGCUCCGCCUCUCCCGAGGACGUGGGCGAGCUUCCAAAUAUUAACGAUGUCAUCAGCAGCUUGGCCCGUGUACGGCUGCUUCAGCGGCGCCGUGCGCUUCUGCCCCAGUUUGGGAAAAUCGUUGAACAAGGCGAGGCUGAGGCGAAAAACGAGAGGCUUGACAAGACAGACAAGACAGACAAGACCGAAAAGAAUGAAAAGCCCGAAAAGAGGGACAAAAGCGAUGGUCGUCUGGAAUUUCCACGUUUUGGUUCGCCUGGAAGGCUGGACGUAUCUUCGCCUGGCCGUGUCGAAAACCGGCCACGGCGUACGAGCAGCUCUCUUCGGUUUAUUCCGACGCUUGAAAAAGCUAAGGUGUUCAACCUUGAAUCUGAGUCAAGUGAUUCUGAAGAUGACAGGCCCGAUCUCACGUGGUUCGGCAAAAACCUCGACGGCAGUAAUUAG